AUGGCUCGGCCACGGAAGCAAGAGCUGCCCGUGGAGAGCUCCUGGCGCAUGGUGGAAGGCGAGCACGACAGCUUCGACACGUCCAUCGUGCCCGAGGACGACGACCACGACGACAUAGUCCUGUCCAGCGGGCCCUCGCAGCUGUCGUCCGGCUCGCAGGGCGCCAACUGGAGCAUCGGCGGCUCGCAGGACGACAGCACCAUCCAGGACUUCAUCAGCAAGGCCGAGGACGAGCAGGUCAUCCUGCGCUCGCCGUUCCGCCCCUCCGUGCCCGUCGCGGCGACCCGCCAUAGCCCCCGCGACAUCAACAGGCACCGCUCGCCCGACCCGGAGUUCUACAUGCCCACCGUCGCGGUAGAGAGUCCCAGGCGCGCGAGCGCGCGCUCCUCGCGGACAAUUCGCCCCGGUGAUGGAGCUGUGCUGCGGCAGCGCCAGAUUGCCAGCAAUGGCAACCCGACCAAGCGAGGGCAGAAGGGCUGGCGCCACGAGGUCGACGAGCCACCAGGGAUCGGUGAGCGCCUAUCGCAGUCGCUGCCUAAUGCGCUCUUUGAGGUUCUGGCCUGGUUCUUUGGCGUUGUCGGCCUGGCCUUCCGAUAUGCGCAGAAGCCCUUGGCUAUCGCGCUGGCCAUCUACUUCUGCUUUGGCGGACUCAUCAUCGCGCAGAACAUGGCGACCAAGUCGAUCUACGCAUCGCUGUCGCCGCUCUGCCGUAUUCCCGGGGCGUCGUAUCUUGACCUGCCGUUCUGUUCACAGAUGCCCGGCGGAUCCACAUCAGAAAGCGGCAAGAAGCCCGUCGAGUUUGACGGCCUGAUGGACGUGCAGGAGCGCUUUGAAGAAGUACUGGAGAAAAGCGCACAGGGAGUGUCUCUCCCGAUGGAGAUGAAGCGCUCCGAGGCCGCGAUCCGAGACGUGCGCACGAUGGUGCGAUACAGCAAUCUACAAGGCAAAGAGGAGCUAGUGCUCGAGUUUGACGGCUUCAUUGAUACGGCCAGGACUGCGUCGAACAAUCUACAGAAGUUCAACACGCACGUCGGGUCCGCCGUCGACUCGGUCAUCAGCAUCAACCGCUGGACCUCGCGGUACCUCGACGGGCUCGUCGCCGCGGAGAAGCAGUCCCACGGCUGGUUGACAGACUUCACGUCGUGGGCGUUCGCGCCCUUCCAGCCCGCCGUGUUCUCGGAGCGCAACCUGCUGGACAAGUACGUCGAGCACACGGCGCUCGUGUCCGACAAGAUCGCCGACCUGAUCAUCGAGGCGCAGGCGGUGCUGCGCGAGCUGUCCAAGGCGGAGGACCACCUCGGCAUCAUCUACGACUUUGUCACGCGCACGCAGAAGAGCGUCCAGUCGCGCAAGGACGAGAUCCUGUGGACCAUCUGGACGCUCGUCGGCGCCAACAACCGCCACCUGCACAACCUCAACAGCCAGCUCAGCCUCCUGCGACGGGUGGACUCGCAGCGCACCGAUGCCGUCAAGCAGGUCUCGGAGCUGAUCGUGGAGCUGGAGAAGAUCCAGGCCGGGCUCGACGACCUCCGUGACAGGGUCGCGGAACCAGAACUGGCCCGCGGCAAGGCGGACAUGCCGCUGAGCGUGCACAUUGAGACAAUCGACCGCGGCGUGGAAAGACUCGAGGAAGCGCGCAGUCGCAUCCGGGCAGUUGAGAAUGAUCGCAUUCGCCAAGUUUUAUCGAGAGGCAAGGAUGAAGAGAGAUUGAUUGACUCAACUUGA